GCGUCAACGUGUGAACAUGACAGAAACAUGGAGACAUCAACGUUCUUGUCGGAAAAAGAGAAAGCACUGGAAGCUUCAUCAUCCAAUGACAACAGCAGUUGUUCUGAUUCCAUGGAAAGCGGUGAUGAGACAUCCCGUGGAAACUGGUCUGGGCGACUGGAUUUCUUCCUAUCCUGUGUGGGAUAUGCUGUUGGACUAGGAAAUAUAUGGAGGUUUCCCUACCUAUGCUACAAAAGUGGUGGAGGUGCCUUUAUGAUACCAUAUGUGAUAUUCCUGUUUCUUUGUGGAAUUCCAAUGGUUUUCUUGGAAGUCUCAUUUGGGCAAUUUGCCAGUCUGAGUCCGGUCACCAUAUGGAGAAUUUGUCCUCUAUUCAAAGGUGUGGGGUACGGAAUGGUUAUUGUGUCCGGUAUUGUCUGUGUGUAUUACAACAUCAUCAUCACCUGGACUCUCUAUUACCUGUACCACUCCCUACGUUUAGUGCUGCCCUGGAGUCAGUGUCACAAUUGGUGGAACACUGAACAUUGUUAUCUACGAACGAAUGCCAAUACGACUGGUUCAUCCACUGCUAAUUUGUCUACAGCAACAGAACUUCUAAACAACUUAACUUACAACGUAACUACUGCAGCAACGGUUGCCUUAAAAACAUCAGAAAAUGUGUCCAAAAAAACUGCAAGCGAAGAAUUUUGGCAACGUGGAGUUUUACAGCUGUCUGAUGGUAUAGAGGAUAUGGGGGAUCUCCGCUGGGAUCUCCUCAUCUGUCUCUUUGUUGCCUGGGUUGUGGUCUUCCUGUGUUUAUGUAAAGGAAUCAAGACAUCUGGUAAAGUAGUGUAUGUGACGGCAACCUUUCCGUAUCUGGUGCUCCUGAUUUUACUGGUGCGCGGAGUGACAUUGCCUGGAGCAGGAGCUGGCAUCGCUUUCUAUCUCGUACCAGACUGGAACAAACUUACAACAUUUGAGGUUUGGGGAGACGCGGCUGUACAGAUAUUUUAUUCAGUAGGUAUGGCGUGGGGAGGUCUCAUCACCAUGGCGAGUUACAACAAGUUCCAUAACAAUGUGUACAGAGAUGCCAUGGUUGUGCCCCUUAUCAACUGUGGUACAAGUGUGUUUGCUGGUCUGGUCAUUUUCUCAGUGUUGGGAUUUAUGGCACAUGAAACUGGAGUCGACAUCAAAAAUGUUGUUAAUCAGGGACCUGGACUGGCAUUCGUUGCCUAUCCAGAGGCAAUAGCCAAGUUGCCGAUUUCUCCGCUGUGGGCAGUUCUGUUUUUCCUUAUGCUGUUCAGUGUAGGAUUAGAUACCCAGUUUGGAAUGUUUGAAACCAUGAGCAGUGCUUUCAUAGACGAGUUUCCAGAUCUUUUGAAAAAGAAGAAGACUCUCUUUACUGCAUUCAUGUGUUUCCUGGAGUUCAUAUUAGGGAUCCCCUGUGUCAUGCAGGGAGGUGUGUACGUGCUACAGAUAAUGGAUUGGUAUUGCUCCACCUUUUCAUUGAUGAUCCUGUCUCUUACCGAGUGUAUUGUCAUCGGCUGGAUCUAUGGUGCUGAUCGUUUCUAUAAAGACUUGGAAAUGAUGAUUGGCUACCAGCCAUGUGCCUGGUGGAAGAUCUGCUGGUGUUUUAUCACUCCCACACUGAUUCUGUUUAUAUGGCUGUUCAGUGUGACGAAGCUUAGCCCUGUGACUUACGGAGACUACCACUACCCGCAGUGGGCCAUUGUUCUUGGGUGGUUGCUUGGAUUGACGUCUCUUAUUCCGAUUCCUGUUUGUGCAGUCAUAGCAGUUUUACAGGGGAAGGGGCCUUUCAUAAUGAGGGUGAAGAAACUGAUGAAACCAGCUGACAACUAUGGACCUGCCAUGCUGAAAUAUCAAGAGAAAUAUUUGGAAUCCAUCGAGAAGAGGGAGUCCAUUUUACCGACCAUAGAUGUGAGGUGUCGAUUCAUGGCGAAGAAGACGAGGGGAAUUGAGUUGUCUUCAGAACCAUUGAACUGUAAUUGAAAUCAACAAGCUGGAAUUUUGUGAUAGAUAUGUAGCAUAAGUGUUUCAUUUAUUUCAUACCAGGCAAAUGUCAGACAAAUCAAUUGUCAUAAACAGUUAAUUUCACAUUUGUUGUAGAAAAGAUAAAUUAAAAUGAUAUUUUUGAAAGAAAAUGAAUUGAUUUUAUCAGAAUGAAGGAAUACAGUUAAUAUUAGCUACAUAAUCAGAGGUAGACAACGAUAUGCACAGGUCUAUGAAGGACUUCUUCUUCAAUCGGUUUUUCUUACUGUAUUUUAAAAUAUAGGAUUUCAAUGCAGACAAAAAUCAGCACUUUAGUGUCUAAUGUUAGUAUUACCAUCCAGUUAUAUUUGUAAUCCAAGAUUAAUGGGUCAAAAUUGACUCUACUGCUUUACAUAAUUAUUAUUGCAUCCAAGGGGAAUAACUCCAUCAGUCUUUUACUUUUAAGGUUUACACCGAGAAAAAGGUGAUAUUGAAUUAAUAGAGCCACAGAAGAUUUAUACAUCAAUAUGUCCAUUUAAGGAACCAAAUAAUUGUAUAAAGCAAGGUCAUAUUUAAUUAGAAUUUAUUUUCAAGGUCGUAACUGUAGUUUUUUUUUUUAAUUUUAUUUUCUUGGUGGUAUUUUAGAAUUCAAUUGGGAAAUGGAAAUAGGAUAAGACCUCACUGUAUUUUAUUAAGUUAAUCUUUUUGACAAAUUGGUGACUAGUGUACACUAUUAAAUGAUAACAGCUUCUUCUUUAUAUGCAUUCCAAUGUUUUUUUAGUUAAUAUAGCUGUAACUAUGGUAACAGUUAAAAGUCAAACAUUUAAACUUCGGAACAAAUAAAAAAUUUUGUGUUUCAGAACAAGAAGAUCUCUAGCUGUCACAAACAAAUGGUUUGUUAUAUUGUUCCCAUCAAAUGUCAAUAGUUUUGGUUGUAUUUUUAUUGGCACAAUUUGUAGGUAAGGUGGCUGUAUAUAAAAACAUACAACUCUUUAUGUUACAAAUCAUACUCUCCAUUUUUUCACAGCUAGUUGACAUUUACAUAAUGUACAUUCCCUUCAGAGUAAAUAUUACUGUCUGGAGAUCUAAUACAUUUGUACUCAGAUAUUCUAGAAUGUUUUUCUUGAAACCGACAAAUAAGAAUCAACUUUCAAAUAUAUUGAUUUGUAUCCUAUAUGAUUUUGGAAUUGAAAUAUACCCAAAAUUUGAUUGUGUCCUUUGAUCUAGAUAGACUUUCUGAUGUAUUUUUGCAGUAUAUGUUAUGGAUAAUUUUUAACCAUACAAGUCCAAGAUGUUUGGGAAAAAUAGCUGCAUUCCUUAAUUUUAUUACACAGUAAGGGAUGUUAUCAUUACAGUAUGCAGUAUAAUACCUAAUCUACAGUUUUAGCUGAUUUUUUAUUAUAUAACACACAUCAUGCAGAUAAACAGACACAUGAUAUGAUAUGCUAACAUACAGCAUAUAACACACACAAUGUAAUAUUCUGACAUACAGAUAAUAAGACACAUGAUAUAAUAUUCUGACAUACAGAUUAUAAGACACAUGAUAUCAUAUUCUGACAUACAGAAUAAAGACACAUGAUGUAAUAUUCUGACAUACAUAUAAUAAGACACAUGAUGCAAUAGUCUGACAUACAUAUAAUAAGACACAUGAUGCAAUAGUCUGACAUACAGAUAAUAAGACACAUGAUGUAAUAUUCUGACAUUCAGAUAAUAAGACACAUGAUGUAAUAUUCUGAUCUACAGAUAAUAAGACACAUGAUGUAAUAUUCUGAUCUACAGAUAAUAAGACACAUAUGUAUACUGACAUAUAUAUAAUAUUUUUACCUACAGGUAAUAAGACACAUGAUGUAAUAUUCUGACAGACAGAUGAUAAGACACAUGAUGUAAUAUUCUGACAUACAGGUAAUAAGACACAUGAUGUAAUAUUCUGACCUACAGAUAAUAAGACACAUGAUGUAAUAUUCUGACAUACAGAUAAUAAGACACAUAUGUAUACUGACAUAUAUAUAAUAUUUUUACCUACAGGUAAUAAGACACAUGAUGUAAUAUUCUGACCUACAGAUAAUAAGACAUAUUAGUAUGCUGACAUACAGAUAAUAAGAUACAUGAUGUAAUAUUCUUACCUAAAGAUUAUAAGACACAGAUGUAUGCUGACAUACAGAUAAUAAGACACAUGUGUAAUAUUCUGACCUACAGAGUAAAAGACACAUUUGUAUGCUGACAUACAGAUAAUAAGACACAUGUGUAAUAUUCUUACCUAAAGAUUAUAAGGCACAUUUGUAUGCUGACAUACAGAGUAUAAGACACAUAUAUAUGCUGACCUACAGUUAAUAAGACAUGAUAUAUAUGCUGAUGUACAGAUGAUCAAAUAUAACAUUUAUCUGAAUUUUGGGUAAAUGGAACAAGUUUAUAUAUAUCAUAUACAUAUAUUGAUAUAAGCUAUUGUAUUUGUGAUCCAUUCUCACUAUUGAUUCAAUAUGUAUUAGCUUCAUAAUGCCAAAAAUGUAAGAAAACGAAAAAUAUCUCAGAUUUAUUUUUGAUAACGAUUCAUGGUAAAAGAAAGAAUAAUUUUCCUGAUAACAGCUGUCUGUGACCUACAUCUACAGUUGUGUCUGUGACCUACAUCUUAUUCAAUAAAUAGUCUGCAAUAGAACAAGGCCUAAAAUCGUCCAUGAAUAAAAUAGUCUAAAUAGAAAUUUCAACAGAAGAAAAAAAACCUUCUGAAAUCAUUGGUAAAUAUUCUAUUUUGUCUGAUUAUUGAUAAAUAUUCAAUUUUGUCUGAUCAUUGGUAAAUAGUCUAUUUUGUCUGAUCGUGGGUAAAUAGUCUAUUUUGUCUGAUCGUGGGUAAAUAUUCUAUUUUGUCUGAUCGUGGGUAAAUAGUCUAUUUUGUCUGAUCGUGGGUAAAUAUUCUAUUUUGUCUGAUCAUCAGUAAAUUUUUUUUUUUUCUGAUCAUCGGUAAAUAUUCUAUUUUAUCUGAUCAUUGGUAAAUAGUCUAUUUUGUCUGAUCGUGGGUAAAUAGUCUAUUUUGUCUGAUCGUGGGUAAAUAAUCUAUUUUGUCUGAUCGUGGGUAAAUAGUCUAUUUUGUCUGAUCAUCGAUAAAUAUCCAUAUUUAUGUAAUUUCUUCUGAUAUGGAACUAAAAUUUUGAUUACAUUUGAAUUUAAAAUUUGGAGCUAGCAUUUUCAUUUUUCUGGGACCAGUUUGAUAAAGAAAACUAUAGUUUAUAUCAAGACACAUUAAUAAAUUUACACAUGGCUAAUAUGUACACCCAGUUUGACCAUGUGACUUUAGCUACGUUGACGUGCUAUUUCAAGCAUGCAUGCUACCUAUAUUAAGUUUGCUGUAAUGCUGUAGUAUAUCAUUAAUCUAUGUCAGGAUUGUAUAUAAGAAACUGUUGUCUGCUAUUCUGUAAAGUGUUUAAACCUUGAAUGUAUAUGUUCAAGGGACAUAUAGUGUUACUCUUGGUAAUCUAUUUCUUAUUACCGAUCAUUUACUCUAUAUAACGGAUAUUUUGAAAUGUAACUGUGAAGUUUGAUAUGAUUAAGGUGAAAUUCUGUUAUGAAUGAGGAAAAGAUCUGUUAUGACUGAAGUGAAGAUCUGUUAUGACUGAGGUAAAGAUUUGAUAUGACUGAGAUGAAGGUUUGAUAUUACUGAGUUGGAAGUUUGAUAUGACUGAGGUAAAGGUUUGAUAUGACUGAGGUAAAUGUCUGAUAUGACUGAGGUAAAGGUUUGAUAUGACUGAGGUAAAGAUUUGUGUGUUAUGACGGAGGUAAAGAUUUGAUAUGAUUGAGGUAAAGAUCUGUUAUGACUGAGGUAAAGAUUUGAUAUGACUAAGGUAAAGAUUUGAUAUGACCGAGGUAAAGAUCUGUUAUGACUGAGGUAAAGGUUUGAUAUGACUGAGGUAAAUGUCUGAUAUGACUGAGGUAAAGGUUUGAUAUGACUGAGGUAAAGAUCUGUUAUGACUGAGGUAAAGGUUUGAUAUGACUGAGGUAAAGGUUUGAUAUGACUGAGGUAAAAGUUUGAUAUGAUUAAGGAAAAGAUUUGAUAUGACUGAGGUAAAGAUUUGUUAUGAGUGAGGUAAAGAUUUGAUAUGACUGAGGUGAAGAUCUGUUAUGACUGAGGUAAAUGUCUGAUACGAUUGAGGUAAAGAUUUGAUAUGACUGAGGUAAAGGUUUGAUAUGACUGAGGUAAAGAUUUGAUAUGACUGAGGUAAAGAUUUGAUAUGACUGAGGUAAAGAUUUGAUAUGACUGAGGUAAAGGUUUGAUAUGACUGAGGUAAAGGUUUGAUAUGACCAAGGUAAAGGUUUGAUAUGAUUGAGGUAAAGAUUUGAUAUGACUGAGGUAAAGGUUUGAUAUGACUGAGGUAAAUGUCUGAUAUGACUGAGGUAAAGGUUUGAUAUAACUGAGGUAAAGAUUUGUGUGUUAUGACGGAGGUAAAGAUUUGAUAUGAUUGAGGUAAAGAUCUGUUAUGACUGAGGUAAAGAUUUGAUAUGACUAAGGUAAAGAUUUGAUAUGACCGAGGUAAAGAUCUGUUAUGACUGAGGUAAAGGUUUGAUAUGACUGAGGUAAAUGUCUGAUAUGACUGAGGUAAAGGUUUGAUAUGACUGAGGUAAAGAUCUCUUAUGACUGAGGUAAAGGUUUGAUAUGACUGAGGUAAAUGUCUGAUAUGACUGAGGUAAAGGUUUGAUAUGACUGAGGUAAAGAUCUGUGUGUUAUGACGGAGGUAAAUGUGUGAUAUGACUGAGGUAAAUGUCUGAUAUGACUGAGGUAAAGGUUUGAUAUGACUGAGGUAAAGAUCUGUGUGUUAUGACGGAGGUAAAGAUUUGAUAUGACUGAGGUAAAUGUCUGAUAUGAAUAAGGUAAAGGUAUGAUAUGACUGAGGUAAAGAUCUGUGUGUUAUGACGGAGGUAAAGAUUUGAUAUGACUGAGGUAAAUGUCUGAUAUGACUGAGGUAAAUGUCUGAUAUGAAUAAGGUAAAGGUUUGAUAUGACUGAGGUAAAGAUCUGUGUGUUAUGACAGAGGUAAAGAUUUGAUAUGACUGAGGUAAAUGUGUGAUAUGACUGAGGUAAAUGUCUGAUAUGAUUGAGGUAAAGAUCUGUUAUGACUAAGGUAAAGAUUUGAUAUGACCGAGGUAAAGGUUUGAUAUAAAUGAGGUAAAAAUCUGUUAUGACUGAAGUAAAGGUUUGAUAUGAUUGAGGUAAAGAUUUGAUAUGACCGAGGUCAAGAUCUGUUAUGACUGAGGUAAAGAUUUUAUAUGACUGAGCAAAGAUCUGAUAUGAUUGAGGUAAGGUUUUGAUAAGACCAAGGUAAAGAUCUUUUAUGACCGAGGAAAAGAUCUGUUAUGACUGAAGAUCUGUUAUGACUGAGGUAAAGAUUUGAUAUGACUGAGGUAAAGGUUUGAUAUGACUGAUGUUCUGUUAUGACUGAGGUAAAGAUCUGUUAUGACCAAGGUAAAGAUUUGAUAUGACCGAGGUAAAGGUCUGACAUGACUAUUAAGGUUAUUUUUCUGUUAUGACUGAAUUUAUUUCUACAGCUGUAAUGAUCAGUGGAGUUUCUUGAAAGACCUAUUCACACAAAAUGUAACAUACAUUGUAACAUGGAAAAGUGCCUAAGAACACUCUCUUGACUAGCUAUUGUUACUUGUAUACCUGCUUAACUUAUAAGGACAUAUGUUGAAUUUUACUUAGCCCAUAGGAUGUCUACAAAUGGUUGGCAAAAACCCUGCAGCCAUCUGCAAUGAUCUCAUGCCACUUUGACCUCAUUGUAGUAAUUGAAAUAAGAUAACGACAGGAAACGUAACUAUAAUAACCAAUCCCGGUAUCCAACCAAUUACCAUUCUACUCCAGGUAAACUGUUCCAGUAGGUUUCUGAUUUUUCUUUUGCUUUCUCUAUCUUUUUAUGCAUUUCAUGACAUUGUCCAUAUUUAAUGCUUGUAUACAGUGUAUAUAUAUUGUACUCAUUAUAUAAAGUACAUUAAAUGUAUUCUCUCAAUUAAACAACGAAAUAUAUCAAUAUUUUAUGCUGAAGAGUCCGGAUGUAUAUCGGAAUUUAAGCCACAAAAGAUGAACAUCUUUGUAUCUUCAGGCCAUUCAGCCAUAAACAGUUGGGGAACACCUGCAAAAAGCAGAGACUGUAUACUUUUUUGUAAGACAGUUUUAAAUUUUACAUUUGAGGGGGUCCUUUAUAGCAUGUAAAACUGUUGGAUUCCGGUAUACUUUAUUGAUUUUCAUAAUGGUUUUGUUUAAAAUCAACAAUAUUUAUUAGAACAUGACACUUUUUAGGGUUUUUAUAUAGCUUUUCAAAAAUACUGAUUGUGAACACAAUAAAAACUGUGAAAUUCCAAAAGUAAAAUAUACUGACUUUAAUCCUUUUUAUAUCACAUUCAGCCUUAAACUGAUAUCGCAAAAUUGAGAAAUCUUGACUUCCUGAGGAAGUUGUUGACCUGCUUUAGGGGCGAGAAUGAUCAUGGCUGAUAUGUUUUGUCUGCUCUAGUCUGUUCUGUCAUUUUGUUCUGUGUCUAUAUUUCAUAUUUUGACUUUCCCUAGAUAUUGAUAUUACAGUAAAUGAACAUUAUAGCGAAUCAUUUCCAAUAUUUAAUUUGUCCAUUGUUUUAUAAUGAGCCUUGGCCCAAAGGGACUCUAUGGAGGUGUAAAACGAGGGACCUGACCACUCUUGAUACCAAUAUACCUUCCAUCUCCAUCAGCUUCAUCAGCCCCAUUCAUGUUAGAUAAUUAUGACAUGCACCACAAUAGAUUUCACAAUAGUGGAUUGAAUGUACAAUGUGCUGGGGACAGUUAAACAUUUUGUUUUCUGAAAUAGUUGUUCAAAAGAUUUGCAUAAUAUCAAUGAAUCAAAGGUAGUUAUAAUAGAUCCUUAUUUUGCAUCUUGUUUCGUAUUUGUUAAAUAAUAGUUUAUCUAUACAUUUGCUGUAAAUCCAGAAUAUCUCAACUGUAUUUCAAACAAGAAGCCUUCAAAAGCUUUGUGUUUGAUAUAUUUCGGAUAUUGUCCGGAGAUUUUUGUGUAAAUCCAUGCAAUGUACUGUCAUUUUUUUAUAUAUAUAGUACUUAUGAGGUUGAUUUGUUUACUGUUGAGUGUGCAGAUUUCAGAGUUGUUAAAAACGGUGUAGAAAAGUGUGAUAAUUUAGGACAUUUGUGUAUGUAUAUAAAGUCAGUUAAUAUUUCUCUUCUAGCAAAUGGUAGAUUCCUUGAAUUUGUCAUCUGUGGUAUUCUUUUUCGUCCUUUUUUGAGCAAAUGCUUUUGUAUUGUAUGAGAAAUGCUUUAAGUACAUUGUUACGUAAUAUACUGUCAUGUUGAGCUCUCUAUGUCUACAGAACUGAAGUACGAGAAACCCUGAUGCAUAUAUGCUUGCCAAAUCUGUAUAUAAGCUAUCAGUAUUUAAAUACAUGGGUACAAUACCAUCUCCCUGGUCAUUGCCGUAGAUAUAAAAUUUUGUUUCUCAAGAAGGAGACAUAUAUAUACUCGUAAACUGACAUUACAAGGUAUAAUUAUUUGUAUAGCACUGCCCCAGUGAUCUGUCACCAUGAUAUCAGUUUAUAGAGGUUUCCUUCUUUAUAAUACAAUAUCAUGACCAAUGUACUUUCCAUAUGAGCAAUGUACUUUCCAUAUGAGCAAUGUACUUUCCUUAAGAGCAAUGUACUUUCCAUAUGAGCAAUGCACUUUCCUUAAGAGCAAUGUACUUCCCAUAUGAUCAAUGUACUUUCCAUAUGAACAGUGUACUUUCCAUGUGGGCAAUGUACUUUCCAUGUGGGCAAUGUACUUUCCAUAUGAACAGUGUACUUUCCUUAAGAGCAAUGUACUUUCCAUGUGGGCAAUGUACUUCCCAUAUGAGCAAUGUACUUUCCUUAAGAGCAAUGUACUUUCCAUAUGAACAGUGUACUUUCCUUAAGAGCAAUGUACUUUCCAUGUGGGCAAUGUACUUUCCAUAUGAGCUAUUUGCAAUGUACUUUCCAUAUGAGCAAUGUACUUUCCAUAUGAGCAAUGUACUUUCCUUAAGAGCAAUGUACUUUCCAUGUGGGCAAUGUACUUUCCAUAUGAGCAAUUUGCAAUGUACUUUCCUUAAAAGCAAUGUACUUUCCAUAUGAGCAAUGUACUUUCCUUAAGAGCAAUGUACUUUCCAUGAGGACAAUGCACUUUCCAUAUGAAUUUGAUAUUUUGACAAGGAUUUUAUGAAUAUUUUUAUUAAUUGCAGUGGACAUAACAACAUAUUUAUCCACAAAUAAGCAACCAUCAUCAUUUCUGUAGAGUCGCCAGUUUUAAGGUAGUAAGCUUAAGGUGUUUCACAAAUAAGCCCUCCCUAACAUUAAAACUAAACUUUUACACUAGGGGAGGAAGCUAAUCUGAAGAUGAAUAUGGUGUGUUAAAGUAUUAAAUACCUACAUUAAGCAAAUUGUUUAAAUGCAGAAUAUGAAAAUUUUCACAUUCAAACAUUCUUUUCAUAGUUUUGCUUCCAAAUAAAUACCAAUAUGGGUGGCUGUCAUCAAAUAUACUAAUCGAUUGGAUCAUAAUAAACUAAGACAAUUCUAAUGUGCCAAUUUGAUGUAAAAUCACGGCUACGAUUCUGAUGUGACCUUAUAGUAAUUGUCAAAUUAUGGACAGAAUAAUUGUCCUUAUUACUUAAAUCGAUAUUAAACAUUUCUUGUCUUUUUUUGAUUACAUGUAAAUCUAAUCGGGUAAAUUGCCUGGUUCACAUGCAUUUAUGAUUGUUAUACAAUUAAUCAUGAAUAUUUACAAAUAUCUUAUUAUCAUAAGAUCAUUUCAUCCAUGGCAGCAUGUUGGUACGUAUAGUCAGUCUUUAAUUUUAUGUUUUGUCCAGAACUGUAAAUGAUUUUGUUCGAUUUAUGUUGUUUAUCUUUCAUUUGAAAUAAAAUUCACUUGUAAACA